GUUUCUUUGCAUUUCUUUCUCUAUAUUGUUUUUAUCAAAGUAUCAUUAUCUUCGGGUGUUUGAAAUGUCUGGUUUUGACGUUGCUGCUGGCGUGGUGGGGAUGGUUUCUCUUGGACUUCAAUGUUGCAAAGGUAUUGCGACAUUUUAUGGUUCGUACAAAGACUAUGGCCCGAAGAUGGAACAAUUGUUAGAAUCGACCAAGAACUGUCGACGUGUUCUCGAAAUUAUCAGUACUAUUACCAUUAACCAUGGAUCGCUUAACCCGAGCGCAUCGCAAAGUAUUGAAGAUUGCAUCGUUGCUUGCGUUGAUGCUCUCGAAGUCGUCGAGAUGCGAUUGAAGAAAUUGAAGCCAUCCGAUAAACCAUGGAAGUAUGGUCAUUCAAUGCAAAGAAUCUUUGACAAGUCUGUGUACUGUUUCAAGGAAACGACACUCCUGAGUUUAGCCCAGAGUUUGGACUCGGCAAAGGACGACGUUACACGUGCUUUAGGUAUUCUUGCUUAGUAAGUGUAAUAAAGAUCUCUAUAGAGUAGGUACUGAUAGCUUAGUCUUAAAAUUGAGAAGAUGGAUGGGAGGUUACAGAAUGGAUUAGGAGACGUUACGACACAGAUAACCGGUAUUUCCAGUGAAGUGAAAGAUGUUUCAACCUCAGUAGCUCUGGUCUCUUCCCGGGUUGGAAAUAUCGACAACGCUGUUCGAAUCUUACCGUCGCAGCUGGAUAAACUUGAACUGAAUGUGUUGGGAGAAAUAAAAGAAGGGCGUAGGAUAGCAGAAGGUAAAAAGUCUUCGUGCUGCGAGGAUUGUUCCAUCACCUCAAACCCGUUACUGAAUUCCGUCAGAAAUUCCGGAUGAAACGAUUCUAAAUUGGAUAACAACCGUGAAGUUUGAAGAAAGACAGAAUACUGUGAUCAAAUCACUUCACGAAGGAACUUGUACCUGGUUCUUUGAGCAUCCAAAAUUCUUGGAUUGGCGAGAUGGCACCAACAAGGAGCUUUGGUGUGUUGGUAUUCGUAAGUCUGCUUGUGAAUUGAAGGGCACCGGUGCCGCCCACUAACGUGCAAUAGCCGGUGGUGGUAAAACCGUUUUGACGUAUGUAAUUUUAUUUCAUCGUUGUGUCAAAAUAGUACAUGCUGACAUUUGUGGACACUUAGAGCAGCCAUAAUUCGACAUCUGCGCAAGAUGAUAAAUGUCAAAGACACUGGUCUUUGCUUUAUAUAUUUUAGUCACCAAACGCAAAAAGAGCAAGAUCUACUCGGGAUCCUUCUAUCACUACUACGACAAAUCGCGAAGCACAUAUCUCCUGUACGUAAUGUUAAGUUGAAGGACUUCAAUAAAGCUAAUGGCCCUUAAACAAAAGAUACCCGAUUCUGUUCGCCAGAAAUAUAUAGGCCUCAAACCGAACGAAGAGUCCCUUGACCUGGAAAACGCAAUUAUCUUGUUGAAGUCGUCAAUGUUGACUUUGAGCCGGACGCUCAUCGUUAUAGAUGGACUGGAUGAGUGUGAACAAGACAUCAGAGGAGAUAUAAUAGACCACAUCCGUAGCCUCUCCACCGCCAUGAAUAUCUUGGUAACUUCAAGAGAUUUGCCUGAUAUUAGGGAUUCAUUCCAAGCCUCCCCGGAGAUUUUCAUAUCGGCAACAGACGAUGAUAUGAGACUGUAUCUCCGAGACACCAUCAAAGCUUCCAAGACGCUGUCCCGUCUGACCGGAAGAAAUUCAGAACUAUCAUUGAGGAUCAUCGAUACGAUCUGUGAAAAAGCACAUGGAAUGUAAGUAAUCUCGUCAUAAUCCGGCACUCAUUUAUUGACGAGUUAGGUUUCUGUACGCGAAAUUGAACAUUGGUUCAGUAGUCAAGUCAAUUAAUCUUGCCAGGGUCAACAGGGCCUUGAGUAAGAUGCCAGAGGAUCUAGAGGCUACUUACGACAUGGAAAUCGAAAUGAUUCAAGCGGACCCAGAUUCUCACGAUAUUGCAAUGAGGGUUCUUGCCUGGAUAAUCUUUGCCACUGAAGGCCGCCCUUUCACAUUAUCUGAGCUUCAGCAUGCAGUAGCAAUCCAGGAGUAUAAUGAGUUCCAGGACGAAUUUGAAGAAGAGCCGUUCAACAACUUUUUAUGCCCAGAUCCGCUGUUCCUACUGAAAUCUUGUCGUGGAUUUCUGGUCUUAAAUGAAGAAGAUAAUACGGUCAUGUGGGCCCACUACACCACUCGGGAAUAUUUUAACAAGGAGAAGAGAAAAUCGGUUUUGUUUCCGAACGCAUAUUUCGAGGUUACACAAGCAUGUAUAUCCUAUCUAUCACUUGAUUAUUCUCUCAAUUUCUUUGGUGGGUUUCUGAACAUAUUCCACGAUAAAUUCAGGCGGGGGAGAAUCACUUUUGCUAACGUCAAUUUCGAACUAGCAACCCAAAUAACUUUACUCGAACACUUUGAUAUGUAUCCAUUGUAUCUAUUUGCCGUAGUAGAGUGGGGCAAGUUUGCUUCGAAGAUGGAAACAAGCAGUGAUUUAAGAUGCGAGGAAAUGAUACUGCAACUACUCGAAAAUGAAACUAUCCUACAGCAUGUCUCACGUUUCUGGAAUUUUUCGAGCAGCUUCAGAAGUUUUGACGGCACAUCGCAAUUAUACCAAUGGCUGGAGGAGUACUUUACAAAGCACAACAAACCUAGCAGUGGAAUUACUCUUGCGUCGGCAUUUGGGCUAGCGAGAGUUGUAUCGGCGAUGGCUGAGAAAGGGUAAGCCUGACCUCCUCUAUUCAAAGAGCCGAACUAACCCUAUUAUUAGCGCAGACUUGAACACUGUUGAUGAAAGAAGCUAUACGCCUCUAAUUUUAGCCAUACAAUGCCAGAAAAUUGAAAUUUUCAAAGUUCUUCUUGAACACAACGCGGACCUCAACAUAACUGAUCAUUAUGGAAACACGCCUUUGAUAUAUGUAUCAGGAGGCAAUGUGCCUGAUGCCCGUAUGCUCGAGAUUUUGCUCAAACUACCCUACAAAGAUCUAAAUAAGACCAACCAUGAUGGGCUUUCGGCUUUACACACAGCUUCUCAGAAUGCAGCAACUUUCAAGAUGCUCCUCGAAAGUGGGGCAGAUCCAAACAUCAUAGACAAGUUUGGGAGAACGCCAUUGAUAUGUGUCGCAAAUAGGUCAAGGUUUUUAUGGGGCCAGCCGUGCAUCGACCCAACAUGCAUCCAUAAGUACAACAUCGACCCGAAUAUCAAGGACAUCGAGGGACGCACUGCUUUAUCCUAUGCUGCUGAGACGAGCAAAGAAAACCUGGUACACGCGUUGCUUCAAGUGACGAGUGAGCCAUGCCUACAGGAUCUGAAGGGCAUGAAUGCUCUCAUGUACGCGGCGUUGAGUGACUCUGAUGAGACUACCAACAUUCUGAAAACGAUUGUCCAGAAAGUAGCCGUUGAUUUAAACAUCACAGAUCUUGAAGGGCGAAAUGUGUUGAAAAUUGCGGCACAGAGCAGUAAUUGCAAGAAGAAGAUUGAAGUCCUUCUCCCCUUCUUGGAAGAUUUGAACCAAUUGGAUCAGAGUGGGCAAACACUUAUUACUUACUUGGCUACCACGCUAACGGACGAUUCGGUCGCAGCCCUUACUAUGCUCCUAGACCAGGAGGGUAUUAAGAUUGAUGUGCCCGAUCGCUCUGGAAGAACUCCUUUAGUCAAUGCUCUUUCGAAAACAUGUAAAGGUAUUCGGGAAUCGGAAGACUGCCGAAGCCAGAUAGUGAAACUCCUUAUAGAAAGAGGUGCAAAUCUAGAGAUCAAAGAUGAGGAUGGUCGAACACCGCUGUCUUUGGCUGCUGGACUUGGAAAUGCCGACAUUUUCCAAGCAUUUCUGGGCCAUCUACCUGAUACGAGAAAAAUCAAGUGCAAAGCAGGCCGGCCACCAAUUUCUUAUGCCGCCGAGAGAGGCCAUACAAAGAUAGUAGAAAUACUGCUGUCGUUUUCUGAUGGUCUUCCUUCUGAGCCCGACUUGUGGAAAGGCACACCACUUGAGUAUGCUGCAAUUUGUGGGCACUGCGAAAUUAUAGAAUUGAUACUCAAGCAUGAGGCAGAUAAUAUUGGGAAAACUUCAGCAAACAUUGCUUUGUGUUACUCGGCUACUCACAGACAUGUUGAUGUGCUGAAAGCUCUGCUUGAGCGGCAAGAUAUUGAUGUCAACUUCAGUUCGCAUGCUGAUACAAUGACAUCCCCACUUUUGUGUGCGGUCUCCGCAGGAGACUUGGAAUGCGUGAAAAUCUUGGUAGAUAAGGGCGCCAGUUUAGGUACGUGUGCGUUCCAAAGUCGAUCCUUGAUAUCGAUUGCGCUCUGUAAGAUUACUUUCAACUGACCACGAGUCUAUGAAACAGACACUAAAACUCAAGACGGGCAAACCAUUAUAUAUAUCGCAGCUUGGAGAAAUCAUCUUGAGGUUGUUGAGUAUCUGUUUUCGAAAAAAGAGGUGCAGAAUCAAAUCGACACCCAAGAUGCCCUGGGUCAGACUCCACUCUUGCGAGCAAUUUCCUAUGGAGACCUUUCAAUGGUAGAGUGUCUUCUCGACCACGGAGCAGAUACUGGUUGCAUGAACGAAGAUGGCGAAAACGCCAUAUCAAUGUCUGCAUCGAAAGGUUUCGAAGACAUAUUUGCAGCUCUUGUCAAGAAGGGUGCAAAUCCGCAAUUGAGGGAUAAAGAGUCAAAGUGUCCUUUGAUGCUUGCAGCAAAAUACGGAAAUUUGACGAUGAUCAAAACUUUGAUCGAAAAGUACGGAUUUGAUCCUCAAAGCAAAAGUGCGGAUGGCUCUACGCCAUUAUAUGAAGCUGUAGCAGUUGGAGCCCCUGAAGAAGUUAUAGAACUUCUUCUCAAAUACAAGGCCAGUCCAGACGCAGAAAGCGAGGAUGGUUUUACCCCUCUAACUGUAGCUGCAUUGUUGGGCAACCAGAGAACAACAGAACUAUUGAUGUCAGCAUCGAAAUAUGGGCUGUCGUAUAGAAACAAGUACAAUCGAUCGAGUUUGUCAAUAGGUGCGGAGUUGGGUAUGCUGCCCGGGAUCGAGCUCCUGCUUAAGAUGGGCUGUGACAUUAAUGAAAGGGACGAGACUGGACGAUCAGCUUUGUCAUGGGCAGUCCAAAGUAACCCUGAAAGCUGCUUAGAAGUUGUGAAAUUCAUGCUCGCCCAAGAAGGUGUUGAUCUGGAAAGUAUGGAUAAUGAGGAAAAUACCCUAUUGGAUUGGGCAUCGUCCCCGUAUGGGUUGUUUUUUGAUGCGUGGGAAGCCGACAACAAAAACACAAAGGAACUGGUGAUAGAGCUACUGGAUAAUGCUUUGUGGAAAAUCGCCAUGGAGCGAGACAAAGUCUCAGCGGAAAUGGGGAAGUCUGAAGAGGAUAACGAAAUAACGAACACAAUGCAUGCUGAGCCAUUGUCGGGGUUGUAUGAGGAAGAGCAUGUAAUGUUGGAACCGUGUUAAGGCCUGGUAGAAUUAUCAGGAGCGAAUAAAGAGGCGGGAAGUCUCAAAUCAUGAACUUGUUGGAAUCAUAUCUCUCGUGGACUUCGUUGGUUCGAGUUCAUGACCACUCCGAGGGUCAAAUCAUGUGAGCCAUGAAAUUUGAGCUGCAAGCCCCAAGUUUUUGGACUACAAACUCAAGCAAAGAAACCUCAUGAGUAGCUCAGAGUAAAGGAAAUUAAGAGGGAAUUAUAGUAACUGAGAACCGGGAGUAUGUCUGCCAAGCUACAGAGAGUUCAAAAUGACAAGAACAGAGGCAAACAAUGGCAAGAAAACAGGCAAGGAGAUAAUAUGCAGGGGACAGCGCGGCUUCAAUCAGUAGAUACAUAGAUGCUCCUGUGCCCUUUUGUAGUGAGGCGCAUUAUCUCGGACCUUCGGCUGGUUGCUCGCGAGACCAGCAUGAUGGUGAGAUGUGUAAAAAUCUGAAAAAUGUGGGUGGGCAGACA